AUGAUACAUUACGCAAUAUAUGAUUGUUUUGCAGCAACGUAUUUCAUUCGACUUGUUACAUUAUAUUGGACAUUUCAACAGGUAACAAAAAUUCAUAUUCUUGAUUCAUUUCAGGCAUUACCAUCAUCAUCACGAGCGAAUAACAACCCAAGAAAUACAAAUAUUAAUCAACAAAUAAUUAAGAAUAUUAAUGAUGAUAUUGAAUUAAUCUCCGAUGAUGAUGAUGAUGAAAUAACAGUUAAUCAAUGUAUUAAAAUUACUAUUAAUAAUGAUAUGUUAUAUGAAGAAAUAUCAAAUGAUGAUAAUGAAUUAAAUAAAGCAUUACUACCAAAUAAUAAUGAAUCAUUAUAUGAAGCAAUAUUAGAUGAUGAUAAUGAACCAAAUCCAGCAUUACCACCAAAUGAUAAUGUUUUAUGUGUCAACAACCAUGAUAUGGUUGAUGAUGUCAGUGAUUAUGAACAACAACAACAACAACAAUCUUUAACCAAGAAACGUCAAUUACAUAGUCGAACACGAUCAGCUGAAGCUCGAAAACGACGAAAUCGAAAAAGAAAUCUUUAUUUCCGAAUGCAACAUUAUAGAUAUUUUAUCACUCGUUCAUUCUACUACAGAUUUACAAUGAAAUUAGUUCGACAUAUUCCUGCUGAAUACAAUAUUUAUUAUAUUCAUGUCAAAUCAGUUGAUGAUUUAUUACUUAUUGGUGUAAAAGACAAUAAUUGA